UAUCAAAGUGCUUCACUCUGCAAAAAAGAUGAGGAGUUUCGUUAUUGUAUCCGUGCUCGCUUUUGCCUGCGUGGCCCUUGGGCAAAAACCGACCAAGGCACCCGACUGCGUCGCCGCCGAUUACAAGAAAUUGCAAAGCUGCUAUGACCCGGACAUUGUCCCGAUUUUUGACAAUAAAACGACCCAGUACAAAACGGCAUUCAAAACUUGCAAGGGCACUGCGGACACCACCAACUACAUGAUGAACUUCUUACUUAACAAAAUGUUUGACAAGAAAACAAACACCUUCAAUCUGGCAGACAAGAAAAUUCAGGAUAAAGUGGUUGACCAAGCGUGCAUUUUUGAGUGCAUCAUUAAUCAAACUGGCCAAAUUAAUUUUCCCAACGGUACAAUUGGCAAAGAAGCUUUGGAAUAUUAUAUCAUCAACGACCCUAAUCAAAAUCCCUUCUGGGGAGAAAAAUUUAGUGGUUACUUUGAUUUAUGCUUGCAGGCCAUUACUAAUCUGAAUAUUCCAAAAUUCGUUAACAAACAGAAAAAAAUGUGCGAUCCAAAGUGGCUCCUGAUGACUCAGUGCACGAUUUUUAAGGCUUGGGCGCAAAUCCUGGACGAAGUUUACGUUUAUAACCAGACUAUCGACUCUGGUGUUGUUGAAAAAUGGGAUGUUAAGGCGAUUUGCAAUACAACCUUGAAGACGAUGCACACCUGCAGGACUGGUAGUUUCUUUGAGGGCCUCAAUGUUGAUUAGGACAAAGACACAGAGGCGGUAUUCUUAGUUUACUAAAAAAUAUGAAUUUCGCGGAA